GCUGUAUCAAUGGAGCACAUUCAGGGAGCUUGGAAGACCAUCAGUAAUGGUUUUGGAUUCAAGGAUUCUGUCUUCGAUGGAUCAAACUGUAUUUCACCUACUAUUGUUCAGCCGUUUGGCUCUCAGCGCCGAGCUUCUGAUGAUGGCAAGCUCUCAGAUAUGUCUAAGACUAGUAAUACCAUUCGGGUUUUCUUGCCUAACAAGCAACGCACUGUGGUAAAUGUGCGGAAUGGGAUGACCCUACAUGAUUGUCUUAUGAAGGCACUCAAAGUCAGAGGUCUACAGCCAGAAUGCUGUGCAGUUUUCCGACUUUUUAAUGAACAAAAAGGGAAAAAAGCACGCUUGGAUUGGAAUACAGAUGCUGCCUCCUUGAUUGGAGAGGAACUGCAAGUAGAUUUCCUUGAUCAUGUUCCACUUACAACACACAACUUUGCUCGGAAGACAUUUCUAAAGCUUGCCUUCUGUGACAUAUGUCAGAAGUUCCUGCUAAAUGGGUUCCGGUGUCAGACGUGUGGCUACAAAUUCCAUGAACACUGCAGCACUAAAGUCCCAACUAUGUGUGUGGACUGGAGCAAUAUCAGGCAACUCUUAUUGUUUCCUAAUUCAAAUAUCAGUGACAGUGGUGUCCCUGCACUACCUCCCUUGACAAUGCGACGGAUGCGUGAAUCUGUCUCCCGGAUGCCUGUUAGUUCCCAGCACAGAUAUUCUACGCCUCAUGCCUUCACGUUCAACACAUCACAUCCUUCAUCUGAGGGCUCCCUUUCCCAAAGACAGAGAUCUACAUCCACCCCAAAUGUCCAUAUGGUCAGCACUACCAUGCCUGUAGACAACAGGAUAAUUGAGAACAACAGCUUGAAUGCUUCUCCCAGUUCCUGGUGCAGACGAUUUUGUUUGAGGGGAAGAGAUGCAAUUCGAAGCCACAGUGAGUCAGCUUCACCGUCAGCUCUGUCUGGAAGUCCCAACAAUAUAAGCCCAACUGGCUGGUCUCAACCCAAAACCCCAGUGCCAGCCCAAAGAGAGAGAGCUCCUGGAUCCAACACACAAGAAAAAAACAAAAUUAGGCCUCGUGGACAGAGAGAUUCAAGUUAUUAUUGGGAAAUAGAAGCAAGUGAAGUUAUGCUCUCGACCAGAAUAGGUUCAGGUUCUUUUGGAACGGUUUACAAAGGCAAAUGGCAUGGAGAUGUAGCAGUGAAGAUACUAAAGGUUGUAAAUCCAACCCCAGAACAGUUUCAGGCCUUCAGAAAUGAAGUGGCUGUAUUAAGGAAGACCCGGCAUGUUAAUAUUUUGCUGUUCAUGGGCUACAUGACUAAAGACAAUCUGGCUAUAGUUACGCAGUGGUGCGAAGGAAGCAGUCUAUAUAAGCACCUGCAUGUACAAGAGACCAAGUUCCAAAUGUUCCAGCUCAUUGAUAUUGCCCGACAGACAGCGCAAGGAAUGGACUAUUUACAUGCAAAGAAUAUCAUCCACAGAGACAUGAAAUCAAAUAAUAUAUUUCUUCAUGAAGGCCUCACAGUGAAAAUAGGAGAUUUUGGUCUGGCAACAGUAAAAUCCAGAUGGAGUGGAUCUCAGCAGGUGGAGCAGCCGUCUGGUUCAAUCCUCUGGAUGGCACCAGAGGUGAUCCGGAUGCAGGAUAAUAACCCAUUUAGUUUUCAAUCAGAUGUCUACUCCUAUGGAAUAGUAUUAUAUGAACUGAUGACAGGAGAACUGCCAUACUCCCAUAUUAACAACAGAGAUCAGCAGUGUCAAUGCACAGCUAGCCAUAUCCAAGGGUCGUGCUGGCCGCCGCUUCCUGCAGCCCCCAUUGGCCUGGAAUGGCGAACCACAGCCAGUGGAAGCUGUGAUCGGCCGAACCUGCAGACGCUGCAGGUAAUCAAACUGUCUCAGCCCAGCAGCAGAUUUCCCUGUUGGGCUGCGUGUGAAAGCUUGCCAAUUCCUGAUCUAUACCCUGGACAGUAUACUUCCUGAUAUACUAGAACUUUUAAAGUGCUCCGUGGAUUUAUUGGAGUGAUCAGUAUUAUAUUUUAUUAGAGUAGUAAAGUUGCAGCAGAGCUCUGUAGUGAAUUAUCAUACUGCUGUUGAAUCUUUGCAGAGAAGUGAGAACUCCUCUAAUUUCAAUUAUGGGCCUUUUGGCCUAAUGAAGUUCUAGUUUGAGCCUGUUUAUAAAGAAAAUAAUUUUUAUUAAUUGCAGUUGUCUAGAUUUUCUACCAGGAAGGUAGCACAUUAAUAUCUUGAAAUCUUGACACUUUGGAAUUAUCUGAAAUUUACUGAAUUAAAAACAAAUUAGUAAAAAAAAAAAAAAAAAAAAAAAAAUUCUCUCUUCCUGAGUGUUUUGCCAAUUUCAAGUAUUGUAUUAAUUUAUUAAUGAAUAUGUUUCCCCCAGUAGUCUGUACUGGCACAGUAUGGACUUGAACUCAUAGGACAACUUUCUGUAGUGUCUUUUGUUCUGAGCUGUCUUUUUGAAGCUUGAGUACUGGAAGAAAACUAGUUAAACUGUUGACUAAAAAGAUCUAGAAUAUCUUAUAGUCCAUACUCCAAACCACAGGAAGGCCACAUUUGUUACUCUUAAACUGUAACUACUUUGAACAUCAAAUUAGAAAACAAACUUGGAUAUUUUUUUUUAAACAAUCCCAUUAAAUUCUUAGUAUGCCAUUAUACUUGAAUUAUGUGGAAGUUUUGAACAUCCAUCCCUGUUGUAAAGCAUUGGCCUAUCAGUAGUAUUAACAUGGCUGUCUUGUUACCAUUCAAAUAAAUACAAUAUUUAUUUCUUAAAUAGAUGGAACAUUUCCCCAUGUACUGUAGGAACAUUCUCAUUUCAGCAACUUUAUUUAAUGUUAGGCAGUUAGUUUCCUCUUUGGGAACUUGAGCAGUUUUGAAUUAUAUUUAAGUGUGAUACAAUUGUUGCAAUAUUUUUAUUAAGCUCUAUGUACAGACCAAAUCCUGAGUUAUAAUAGUAGCUUAACCUGGGCCAAGAUAUCACUAGAUGUCUGUUAGUCACAUUGGUUGAUCACAUUGGUAAGGUUCAUUAAAGCCUGAGUAACAGUGUUACUAAAUCUGAGUCAAUAUUCUGCUAAUCAGGAAGAAACACAACCUGCAGACACUGUUUUGCAUUUUAGCUCACAGUCUUAAGAAAACUGAAGGUUAUCUUCAGGAAAAAAAAAUUCCCUUCACAGUUAAAUAUUUUAAGAGGCCUUCUUCCGCUUUAUAGUUCCCUCUAAAUGGAUAUAUGGUCUGACAAGGAGUUUUUAGUUAAACAUAAAAAUACUGUUGUGUGUUGAUCAGUCAAAAUGUAUUGGUAGAUUAAUGAGUAAUCACAUAAAUUGGACACUUUCUGGCUGGAUUUAGGGUUCUUUGUCACUUGAAGCCUUCAGCUCCAGCAGGUUGUCAGGAAACACUCUAGACUCUGGUCUUGUUGCUAUUAUAAAUUAUAUAAAAAUUAGUACAUGAAGAAAUUAUGAACUAACUAUGCGGUGUCACUUAGAUGUUAGACUGGCUCUGUCAUCCAUUGGAAAAGCAGGACCACAAUUGUUUGUUAAUUUUGACAAACAUUUGACUACAGUAGGACCACCAGCCUGCCUUCAGUAUUUCCACAUUAAAGACUGUAUUAAAGGGCAGUGAAAUAAUUCACACCAAUGGUGUUCAGAUUACCUGUGUUUGUGCCUC